AAUUCUCCCCAGAAAAGUCAUAAAAACAGGAUUUGGGCACGCCAUGAGAACUUUGAGAAAUUCAUUGUUUCACAGGGAAAGGAUUCAUACGGAUGUAUCUGAAUAUGUUCGUAGCAGCUUUCUUCACGUUUCUGAUAUUGGAAUUAACCAACGCAAGCACGCCAUUUUUAUGUCCCAGGUCGUGUCGAUGUUCAUAUGAUGACAGCACAGGUCAAACCAAUGUCAUCUGCGAUCGAUUGAAAACAUUUCCUAUGUUUCUCCCGAAAACAACUGGCCAACUCCAAAUUCUUCAUUCCGACCUGAGGUCAAUUCCCGCCAACGCCUUUUCGCAAGCACCUCAAAUCCAAAGUGUUUAUAUAAGAUUCUCAACCAUAGAAAAUGUUUCCUCUUUAGCAUUUACGAACCUGCAUAAUAUUAGCGACAUAGAAUUUCAAAGAAACAACAUUACACGAUUCGAAACUUCGGCUUUCUUGAAUCUCAACGUCUCGUCACUGACCAUAAGCGAAAACUCAAUUGAUGUCAUCCAGUCUCGUGCAUUUUCAUCCCUUAAAGCAAAUGACCAGAUUGUUUGCUCGAGUAACAACAUUGGAGAAUUGAGUACUGCGUCAUUUAGUGACGUCAGAGAAACAAAAACGUUUCAGUUCCAAACAAACGUCGUCGAUGUCGUGAGAGAAAACUGUUUUACAAAAUUCUCGUCAAUCGAAAUGUUCGACUUUUCUAACAACGCUUUUGGUCACGUUGAUCCGCAAGUUUUUGACCUGAAUACCAAACCCAUAUUUUUCAAAAACGUCAUGACAUGUGACUGUCAAAUAUCGUGGAUCUUUGCGAGACGCGUCUUUUCCGAUUUCAUCAGCAUAAAUUACUGCGACAAAGACCAGAAACUCAGUCUACAGGAAUGGAACCAGAAACACAAAUCUCUGUGCUAUUCGACCACAGACAAAAUACCUACAAUGAAAGUGACGACAAAGACCAGAUCAUCAACCUUAAACAUGCAUGAAGAAACUGUAGCUUCCUCUCAAAGAGUCCCUAUGACAUCAUCCACAACACCCUUUCCUACGUCAACGCAAAACGCCGUCACUACAUUUUUACUCUCCCUUGCUUCCUCACAAAACUCUACACCGGGACGAGCAAACACUGUAGACGGAAUCAAACAGACGUCAACGAUAUCAGCACCAUCUCCAAUGGCAGCGGAAACAAGCCCUGCCGUUACAGAUGGAAACGAACCCACCGGACAGGAAUCGCGGGACGGAAAUGGAGGAAACUUCGCCCGAUCUACUUUCGCGUUGCCAAUUCUGACAGUUUUUGUUGUUUUAUCACUGCAGUAAGGCUAAGGCUUUCAGUAACUUCUUAAUCAUUUCAUUUUCGCAUAAUGUUAUUUUUGUCGCUUUGUAUAUCUAUUUUUGAAUGUACUGAUCUUGCAUUUUUUUAUCACGAGAGAGAGAGAGAGAGAGAGAGAGAGAGAGCUUCUUUUGCAGUUUUAAACAUCUAAUAUUACAUAUUUACGUAACACUUUUAUUGCGAUAAGCUGGAGGAUGUCGAACUCUUGUGACCGUAAUGAUUAUGAAAUAAAUACGGUAUAAGCGGAUCUGAAUUUAGAUGUAGAUCAUAGUUGUAGUGUAAUUACUUCUUAAUGUUUGGCGUGAAAAUAUUUAAAAGUUAGACCGUUUAAGCCAAAAUAGUUUGUUUUUUCUCUUAUUUAAAAGGUUUUUCAAUACUAAAUAAAUACUGUAAACGUAUUAUAUUUGGGUGUACGAUAUUUGGCGGAAAUUGGUUUUUGAACAAGUUGGCGUGGAUUUGAAUUAGCGUUUUCCUGAAUGUGACUAUUCUCAUACAUUUAUGCAUGGCAUUUAGCGAUGUACUUGAUUUAGCGGAAGUAUCGUUCCACUAAAAGCGCUAAAAUAGAAUACACAGCCAAAUGUAGUACGUUUACAGUAGUAGACAUGGUUGUAUAUCCAAUAUCUUUUUUCCUAAAAUAUACUUAUUGAAUGAUUAGAUUGAAUAAAUAUGUAAAUGACAAAAAUAUGUUUCAAAUAGUUUUAUUUGACAAAAUAUACAUAUACGAGAUCCACAAAGUUCAAUGUUUUAAUGAUAUACUUCAUACCAAACCAAAUGAUUAUAAUGCAAACGAAUGGAAGAAAGUCCAAUGCAUAUUGAAUUCUCCUAGUAUGUUAAUUAAAUCACAACUACAUCUUUCGAUGAAUCCUAUGAUAUUUAAACUUUGGUACUUAGAACACUUCCGCAAAUCAUAAAUUUCACAUUGAAAUAGAAAAUAAUAAAAAAUAAGCUCAAAAUAUUUUCUUUCUUUUCCGUUACAAAACGAAGAAAAUAUAAUGUUCAAUUUGAAAAGAAA